AUGGAGCGGGUGGUACCCAUUGCCAAAACAAUCCAGUGUGCUGACUCCGAAGUCUUACCUGUGUUCCGAAAGUAUCUGUCAAAUGACCUUCCGCUUGACCAGUACAUCCUGCACCGGCUGACGCUAGCCUCGACCGAGUCAGGCAGAGUUUUCGGCAUGAUAGAGCUCCACCAUGACAUUGGAGACAAAGGGGCUCGGGACGUGCUUGAGGCCGAGUUGGAUGCCUUGUAUCAUGCGGAUCAGCCCCUAGCCGACUCGCCCCCAAGUACCGACGCACCCCAAUCCCUCAUCCCAACUGAUUCCCCAAUAACCGACCUGGGUGAUUCCAGAAAAGUCGAUGUGCCACUGUUGCCACUCGAGAUCAUCAAGCAGUUCAGUCGAUCCCAAGAAUGCACCCAGUCGUCUCUAUUCAAAGCGCUGUGGGCGGUCGUUCUUCAAUUUCUGGUCGGUUCCCAGGAUGUGGCUUUUCUCUACUUGGUCUCGACCCGCUAUGCCCCUGGUGUCCAAGCGGGGGGCGCAAUCGGGAACUAUCUAGAAAUACUCUGGGCUCGGGUGCGCGCAGCAGGAACCACCUCUUUCAAAGAGAUACUGAAGAACGUCCAAGAGGACUAUUCUCGGGCCCUAACGCAUCUGUUUGCCGCCAUUAACACGUUUCGAGAACUCGGUCUCGAACAGACUCUGACCAACACCAUCGUGAACCAUCGGCGUCACCAUUGCGCAGAAUCCGAAGAGAGAUCAUCAUCCAACCAGAAAUCGUUUAGUUGGAAAUACUAUGAAUAUAGCGGUGACGCGCUGUGCAUAUUUCGGAUACUGGAGUCAAAGGAUCCCUCCAGAGACCGCGGGCAAUAUUCGUAUCGCACUCACCCACUGCCUGUCACUCGUCUUGACGAAUCCGGACAUAACAAUGUCGCAGAUAGGCGCUAGCGUGCGUGUGGCACUCGAAAAUCGUACUGAGUAGUACAUAGGACUCGGGAUGGAUUGAUAGAUAAAAAAGAUGAACCCUUGAUUGCACAGAUACUAUAUGUGUUGUUCCAAUAGAAAAACAGAACCUCGUUGGGAGAGAGAUCUCAACUAAACAACUCCU